CAAAGAAACUAAACAAAAUCCUGCCCUUGCUUUCUUUCUUUAUUUUUUGUCUGGUAAGUGUGACGCAUAACUCGUUUUCCGGGAGUGGAAAGUAGCAAAUGGCGACAGAAAUCGGCGAAACCCCCUCAUCUCCUUCGCAAUCGCCUUCGUAUCCAGUCAGUCAGCUUCGCCACUUCUACCUUGCCGUCGAUCGUCCCCAAUUCAGAGUGGAGACAUUGGUGGAUUUGCUGGGAGUAGUAGGACGAAGAUCGGGGCUUCCUAUGGUAGUUUGCUGUAGUUCUCGUGACGAACUAGAUGCUGUCUGCUCUACCGUAUCGUCUUUACCUUACAUUUCUCUCUCAUCCUUGUAUAGUGACCUUGCUGAUUCAGAUCGUGCACAAAUCCUUGAAAGUUUCCACCAUGCAACCACCAAGUGGAACCAAAGUGAUGUUCAGUCAAGCCAUGGGGGUGAAAAUGAGGAAGAGGGGCCCAAGUCUCAUAUGGUAGUUGUAACAGAUGCCUGUCUUCCUAUUACUCCCAGUGAAUCUCCUCUUCCUGCUCGUGUUCUGAUAAAUUAUGAACUGCCAGUUAAAAAGGAAAUAUAUAUGAGGCGGAUGGCUGCUUGUUUAGCUUCAGAUGGGAUUGUCAUCAACAUGGUUGUCGGGGGUGAAGUAGUGACUCUUAAGAGCAUUGAAGAAGGCAGUAAUCUUAUCAUUGCCGAGAUGCCCAUACAAGUGUCUGAGAUUUUGUGACAUAAUUCAGGUUAUCUUUUUGGUCUUUGGAGGAUGUUGCAGAGAUUUCAGGUGUAUUCUGUGAUCCCCAGCAGAAAGCAAGGAGCAGAUCAAUCAAGCAUGUAAAGGGGCAAAAUGCUGUAUUUCAGUUGUUUAUUGUGCUCACCUCUCCUUGAACGCCUGAGUUGACCGAGCUUGUUCCUAAUACUCUUAUAAUUGUUCAGCAAACAGGUUAGCAAUUAAUUUAGUAAGCUUUUGAGUAAUUAUGAAAGACAUUUCCUGUAAUCAACGUGUUGCACACUCUUCAGGGGAGAGAGAAAGAGAGACAGAGAAAAUAGUAUAUUGUAUGAGUUUACUAUUCUAAUCACUUAAAUUAGUGCUAUCUAUGUAUACGUAUAGUCUAUAGAUUAAUAAAAUUUGCAUUUUGGCGGCUGGUCGUCUAGUUUCCUGUAA